AUGAAAGAUUUACGUAACCUUUUGAUUAAGGAUAAUGAAGAUCUAUUGUCAGAUAAACGAGAAUAACUUUAUCAAUAGUAAGCAAUAAGUAGAAGAACUGCUGCAACACGUGAGUCAGGAAGAGCAGUUGGAUCAAGAUCUUAUUAAAGAUUUUUUAAGAUUGAUUCUCCUACUGGAAACCUUGGAAAUUUAUUUAACAAUCAUAAAUUCUCUUUAUAAUAGGAUGCCUUCAAUUAUUAGGUAGAAUAAUAAGAAAAAUUUGUUGUUAAACAAUAUUGGAGAUCAUUACUUCGAUGGCAAGGAUUUGAUGAUUAUCUAUUUUUGAGAGAUCCUAUCAACUUAAGACAUAUAAAAGGAAGAGAGAUUUUAACUAAAAAUGAUGUUGUAGAAGAAUUAUAGGCAUAUAAUAUUCAUGUUUAAGUUGUUUAUCAAGCUGAUAAUGGGAUGUAGGAGUACAAAGAUUAACAUCGUAGAUAAUAGAUGUAAUAAUUACAAAAGUUAUAUUAACCUGGAGAAGCAAAUUAUUAGAAAUUUAAUCCAGAAAAGUAUAAAUAAUCAUUUUUUGGAGGAAAGGAUACUGGAAAAUUAUAAUAAAUGGUAUUUGAAAAUGUUAAAUUAAAAGAAUUAAUUGAUAAAAUAUAAUAGAUACUAUAAUUAAUUAAUGAGAAGAUUGUGAGUGAAGAAAUUAAUUAAAUAUCACCACUUGGAGAAAGAAUGAUCAGAUUAUUAUGGAAAAUAGGAUGUUUGAAUCUCUUUUUAUUAGGUUAUUUUAUACAUAACAUGAUUUUAGAGAUAUAUGGUAAGGAGAAAUUGGCAUAUUAGAAUUGGAAGAAGAUCUUACGUAUUUGUAAUAUGUAAGGCAAUCAUUGUCAUCGUUAUAAAUUGAUAGCUUAUAAACACAUUUCUAAAAUAUGUAUUAAACUCUAAUUAUAUGAUAAAAGUUUAAUCUAUCUAAAAAAGAUGCUUAAAUUAUCAUGGAUUAUAAAUGAUACUAAUUAUGAAAUCUUUACUUAUGAUAAAAUAUCUUUAUGUUAUUAUUACAAGUAAGACAUGAACAAAGCAAUCUAUUAUCAUGAAAAAUUUGCUUAGGGAGAAUAUGAAGAACCAGGUAAAGGAAUGAGAAAUGUAGGAGAGGCUGCAUAUUUACUAGAUUCAAAAAUGAAAGAAGGAUUUAUAGAUUAAAAUUCCUAUUCUGAAGAUGAAUACGAUCUUGAUGUUCUUUUAUAAAAUGGAAAUUUAAACAAAUGGGAACUUGAAAAUAAAAGAAAAGAUUUAAAAGUUAUGGCUAAAAAGAUGCCUACUGAAUAUAAAAAGGGACAUAGUUUUGGAAAAAUUCAUCGUCCCACUAAUAAUAUUAUUGACUUCAAACAUGCUAUGUUAAUAUUACAUAAAUUUCAAAAUAAAUAAUAGAUUCCUUUGGGACCUAUCUAUUCAAAGGAUAUUCCUGAUCAAAUAUAAUCUACAAAGAGAUGGAAGAAGAAAGAUCCUCUUUAAUCUUGUCAAUAUCUAUUCAAUUAAAAGAGUACUAAUAGAGUUGCUUAGAACUUUCUAUUGUAAGAAGAAAUAAAAGAAUAACCUAUUAGCGAUGCUAUCUGCUUCAAACCAUCAGAGAAUGUAUAUUAUAUAAAAAAGAUGAUCAGAGUAUUUUAAUAUGAUCUUAAGUAUUUUUUAUAGAAACAAUCUCUUUUUAAAAAUUCCACUGAUUGUUUAUGA